UUUGAGCGUGUAAUGUCUUUUGGGGUUUUUUUUUUUUUGUUUUUUUUUGUGAACGCAAACAGCAAUCCAAAAUGUUGAACUGCCACUCCUGUUUUUACAUUGCGAGCUGCAGCGCCACCUGGAGAAAGUGGAGGGGUGGGACAGUAAACAUCUCAAGGACUCAUUUGCCGCUUCAAAAUGUCCAAUCUGUGCCAUGUUUGAUAUUGAUAUUUUUUGUUAUGAUCUUGUUUCUUUCAAAGGCUUUGACCUUUCACGUCUGACAUUUUCCCCUCUGUGAUCUAUGCAAAACAUGCUCUGGUGUCUCUGGGUUGAAGCUGAGAGAUGGUAUGGAUUGAUUUUAUUUUGAUGUGUAAAUACUGUGUGUGUAUAUAUAUAUAUAUACGUGUAUAUAUACACACACACACACACACACACACACAGUAUAUAUAUAUAUAAAUAAACACAAACACACAACGAUAAGCAAGUGGGAGACGAAUGUGAAAUGAUUAACGCUACAGAAUGAAAAUCAUCUGAAAAUCAUGUCAUGAUGAAUGUUGUCAGAAAUAUUUUUCUAUAUUUUGAAAUCAUUAGAGAAAAAGAGAACACAACUUGCAAAGUGGGAAAAGCUGUCAGAAGAACACUACAAAGGGAAUGUUUUUAUUAAUUUAUAAAAAUUUUUUGCCUAGCAAUACAACACUUGUCCUGGUGUCUUUUCUUUGGGUUUCUUUGAACGUCUUGGUAAAGGGACUCCAGCAGAGGAGAUUUUCAGUUUAAAAAUAUCCUCGUUUUCUCAUACUCCUGUUGAAUCACAUAAGAUGUUGGCUCGUGCUCCAGAAGAGGCAGCACCCAGUACUUGUGAGCACCAGCUCAUCUUUCUGCUUGAGUAAUGAGUUCAAAAACUAUAAACAUACAAAGUAACAUCACUUCCUGUCCUUUUAAAAUCCAUCCAUACUUGUGGAAACAUGCAGAUGAAUUCAUGGGCAUACUGUGCCUGAGACAGACAACCCCUUCAAAUAAAAAUUGUGUGAGAUGAGACAUUCAUGUCAUAAAAGUAGAAUGAAAUAUCAGAGUGUUAAAUCUGAUGCCUUGGUAUGGCACUCUACUCUGCAAAAGUCUCAAGCCACCCCUCUUUUCUUUAUCUUUUGUAAGGGAAAUGGGGGCAACGAUUUAUUGAAACGUACAUAUAGUAGAUGAGGAAAAACCCAUUUGUACAAUUCUUUUUCUUUUUUUUCUCAGGUAUGUUUUUACUGCACUGGCAGUGUGUUUGGGAUCAUGCUGAAAAUGAUGCUAUUUGGAAGGCUCUUAACAUUGGAUCAAAAUCAGUACUGUUCUGUGUUUAUAAUUCAUCUAUUCUGACAAGAUCUCCAACACCACUGGCUCAGAUGGAGCCCCAAACCAAUGACCGAGCCUCCAGUGUGUUUUAGACAGCUGCAGAAACUCACUGUCUGCCGACCUCCUGACCUCCUCUGUACAUAUUGAUGACAAUUUAAACGAAAGAUUUGACACUGAGAUUCAUCGCUUCUCCAAACCCGAUGAAUGCUUAGUAAGUGGAUCAACUGAAGGGCCAGAUGUAGCUCUUAGGUCCUAUGUUAGGUUUUUACCAUUUAUUUUUUUUUAUGUGCCCCCCAAUUUACUGUUCAUCUGCAGAUAGUUUCCAGGCUUGACACGUCUUCUUUUGACCCCCACAUGCUCUGUUUUCUUACUUUUUUUUUAAAGGACACACUGCACACUAUGGCAAGAUUUCCCAUUUUUUUUUUAUCUAGUAGCUCUUUGGAAAGGACCAUGUUGAUUCAAAAUACUAAUUAAUGGCUGUCAAACUGUUUCUGGCAUUUUUAUUUUUUUUAUUAUUUGUAAAAAUGGGAACAAAUGAUGUUUUGUGACAAGCUGCCAGGAAAAAAUUGCCUAAAGAUACAAUUUUAAAAUUGGUUCAUUGUCUGUUGAGAAGACAAAGCAGUGGUUCAUCCCUUGAGUUAAGCGUGAAUGAAUCAUAGGUCAGUGACUUUAUAAUAAAAAAAAACAAACACAAAGAAAAAAAAAAGCGCUCCUCUGAAAAUUGUCAGGUACAAGUCUGGUGUGAACAUAAAAACUGCAACAAACGCUGACUUCUUUGGAAGCACAAUAUAAAGAACUGAAGGGUGACUCAAGACUUUUGCACAGUAUUGUAAUUUGGUGAAAGGAGGAGGCAGCUGCUAGAAGCCCCCCGCAGCUUAACAAAAAAUGUGAUGGAAACUUUUGUUUUCCAGGCUGACUCACAGUAAUUAUUUGCCUAAAAUGGCCAUUUUACUCACUGCAUUUCCUGUUCAUCUGUGUGAAUGUUUUUAGAACAUUGGUUCUAAUUGUCCUUUUUUUGCUCAUCCAAUGUUCCAUUAACCAGUAACACCAACACUCAUUUUUUCAUGAGGAAAAACUACAUAAGUUGAAAAUUAGCUAAAGUAAGUAACUGUUUGGCAUUUCCUUAAAAUUCUGUCGGGAUACAUUGAGACCGAGCCACCUAAUGACUAGCAGGCAUUUCCACACUGCACAAAUACUGUUUAUUUUUUAACUAUGUUUUAAGAUUGGAUAUCUCUGUGUCAAAGUCUUACCUGCUCUGUUGGUAGAGUUUAGAGCUCUGUUGAGUUAUUAUAAAUGAUUUGCGAUAGACUUCUAACAAGUUCUAACAAUAAUGUUUUUAUUACACAAUUAUAAAAUAUGGGAUAGAAAUGAAGAAAAGCAUUCUGUGUUCCUGCUUUAAUCUAAGGAUGUUUUGCUUUUCUCUCUUUGUAAAAUUUAGAUAUAUUGGAUUUGCCCUUCUGGUCAGACAAAAUGAGCAUUCUGCAGUCGUCACUAUAUAAAUGUACCACGCAGCCCUAACUUUGAAGAAUUUAUAUCUGAAUUUCUUGAAUAACUAAAGUAAAAAUGUGAAUUUCAGGAAUGUGAGUUGAAUUUGAAUUAACUUGAAUAACUGUAUGUAACACUGUUACCUCACAGUAAGGUGGUUUCUGGUUUGAACCUCCUGGUUAUGUUCUUCCUGUGCCCAUGUGGCCAACUCCGGGUAAUCGGGCUUCCUCCCACAGUCCAAAGACAUGACUGUCGGGUUAACUGGUGUGUAUGUAGAGAUGUGUUUCACUGUCCCUGUGCUAGGUUAGCCUUCUUCCACUGGUCAGAAAAGACAUUUGGAGACAUUACAGCACAGUGUUUGAACUUGAUUGAUCAACUAAUAAUAAUAUUUGUCCCCAAUCACCACAGAGAAUAUAAAUGGCUCAUGUUUCGGGGGGUGGGGACUCACUGACCCUAGAAAUCAAUGUUUCAUGUAGAUAAGUAAAUCUCUAGCAUUAACGAUAGCUUGAAAACUUCCAUGGGUUUUCAUCAUAAAGCUACAUGACAUAAAUAUGUGGUGGUCCCUGAAGCAACAUACUGUGUGGUUUGAGUUAAUAGAUUUACUCUGACUCGCUGCAUUUUCUAAGACACACAUCUUCGGUUCAAGUAAAGUAUAAAGUACACAGUUUGAACACCAAGACAAAUGUCAAAUGUGGAUCCACACAAUUUGAAGUCUGCACAAAGAGGGAACUGGAGUUGGCUUGGCUGUGUCCUAGCAACAGCAAACAAGAGGGAAAAUGGCACAGAGGGAGGGCUGGAGGCUGAUUGUAUGAGGAGUACAGGGAUGUAGUCGAGAAGAGUGGAGUGGUGGAGCAGAGCCGGUACCUGACUACAGGUAAGACAUUGCAGGGUUUGAUGUUUUUUGUUUUCUUCCCCUACAGAUGUAUUUCAUAUACCUAUUUUCUAGUACAAUUUCAAUGUUUUGUUAGUUUAUUUUAUUUGAAAGUGUGGGUGUUAAUUUUCAUUAUUCACUUUUUUGACAUAUCAUGAAUCCUUUGAUUACAUGUAAAGUUCUGUUUUUAAUUUUGUUUUUAUGUUUUUGUUAUUUUAAUAAUACUACAAGGUUUCCUAUUGACUUUUCCUUACAUGGCCUGACAUUCAAAACAUGAGCAACUGGACUCCCUCAUCUAUAAUUUACUUUGGUAAUGUGAGCACAACCUUUGGCGACUUGUGCCAGUCCUACCAGAGAUGGGACUACCACAGUUCCUCCUGUCACUUAUCCCCAACAUAGAUAAAGUUACUGGCAAUGAUGGUGGAAACAUUCAUUGCUUGUUUUUGAAGGACUAUGUCCAGGUUAAAGUUUGGGUUCAGUGAUUCGUUUUGCUGCUUACAAUGUUUUGAAGUAUUAAAGUAACAAACUGUAAGUGCUGUGGAUUUCAUUAUUUUUAAUUGUUAAUAUUAAAAAAUGUAAACUGCAGACAGCAGACUUGUUACUGAAAUACUUAAUUCGUACAGCUGAUACAAAUGCCACAGGCUAAUACAAAAAGUAAAAUAAAUGCAGUCAGCAAUAAAUAUAUUUCUCUCGACUGUUUUUUAUGGAUCUGUGUUGGUUGAAUACCCGAAAUCCUUUUCUCUACAUACCCAAGCAAAAGCAGAACCAUAGAGCUUGCUUUACUUAUGAUUUGUGUACAACUUUUGGGAGCUCGGCUUCAGUUUAGGUAAAAGGAAGUUAUAGGACGUUAGAUUGCCCAUAACUAGUAAAGACAAGCUUCAUUCACUUCUAUGACCUUUGCUAUGGUAAUUAAUUUUUCCCACCAAUGUUAAACUACUACCUGUCCCCAAAUGAAGCAUUUGGUUAGAGUAACUGUAGUUCUCUGGAAAUAUUACCCGGUAUUCAAUUGCUCUCACCAAGAGGCACUUCCCAUAGUGCGAUAUGGAGUGAGGUUUGAAAUAAAACUGCAUGUAACUCACAUUAAGUAGGGUAUCACGGUGCUAGCUAAAGCUAGUUUCCUAGCUGUAGCUAAAAACACUUUGUAUUUAUUUUGUAUUCAAUCGAAUUUAGGUGACUUCUGAAGUAUUAUCAUAAUUGAACAUUUGACAUAUUGUGGGUAAUGCAAUAAACUACUUUAAAUUCUUUUCCUUAUUUUCAAUAAUAUACAUGAUCUCACUGAACAGAACAUGCAGUAUAGCACAGUAAUUUACUUUUACUGUACCAUCAAAUAGGCCUAAAAACAACAGUCACUGUCUAUUUUAUGCUUCAUAAGCUUAAAGUCAAAAGUACACUUCAAAAACUUUUGAGGAGAAAGUUUGAAGUAGAGUAUCUUGUUGAAGCUACUUGUUGAAUUGUGACUGUUGUUAUUUCCACAUCUGACAGAAAGGUGGGAUAUAAAUUUCUUUAUGUUUACCCUGCAUAAGUGCUUCUGUUGAUUUUGUGAUGGCUCGCCGUGGUUAUCACAAUACAGCACACAGAGGAUCGACAUCUUUCACUGCUGCUUCUCUACAUCGCUUUGUACAGCUCAUGAAUAAAAUAUCAAAGCAAGAUCAAUUCGCAGGGACUGGGGAGUUGAGAAGUACUGUUGUGUUGACACACUGGCUGUCUCCUUACCUCCCACUCUCGCCCUCACUCUGGAUGCUUCUGGCUGUCUGCUGCUAUUUGAAAUGCUAAUAGAUUUCUCGACACUGAACUCAAAACUUUUCUUCCUUGCCUUAGCUAGUUCUUUCUACCCACAGCCUCAGCUCUCUUAUGGCCUCUCUUCAUAUCUGUAUCACCUUUCCAUAAGCAGCUGUUUACUCAGAAGCACUUCACAAGCAAGCAUGCACGAAGCGAAAGUCACCUCUGCCAGACUAAAUUGGUGUGUGACUGAUUCAUGAUUUCUGUCUGUCAUACACUUACGCAUUACGAACAUCAUGCCUAAUGACAGAUAAUUUCAUGGGAGUGAGGUGUUUUGUAACUGGAUGCCAUUAUCCCAAUUUUAGUGCAGAUGGAUGACUGAAUAUGCUGCAUGUUGCUGCUCCAAUACAACAAAACUCGUUAAAACACAAGAGUUUCAAAUCUCAUUUGAAAUUAUACUUAGCUAUUCUUAGCAUGGCAGUUUAUUAGAUUGCAAUCAUACUUGUUACAGGUAUAUUUAAGUCACAGGACUAAUAUUUUAAGCUACUUUUAAAAGAGUAUAAAAUUGUGCAUAAACUCAAUGCAGUAGAUGACCAGCGCUUAAUUUUAGACUACAUAGGUUCAAAAUAAAAUCCCAACAUUGAAAAGAAAACUUUGAAGUAUGUACAAAAACUUAUGACUCACUCCUAAAGUCAUGCUGAAGUAAAUCGGUUGGUUUUGAUAAAUGCUUCGGAAAUGUAUGCACCAGAACUUUACAGUGGUGUUGUGCCCCGAGUGAAGCUGAUCUUUUUUUUUUUCUGUAUUUAUCUCUCCGUCAUUCUGAAGGAACUAAAUACUGGAGAAGUACAAAUCCAUCAAUCCAUAAUGUUGGGAACAUCUUUGGGCAGCACUCCCACCUCUCCUAUCCCAGGCCACUGUCCAAGCCCUGAUUGCCAGUCAGAUGGUCCUUCCUCUGUUGUUCUCCUGCAUCAGUACCCUCCAUGCUGGGUAACCCAGGCACAGUGUGACCUUGCCCAGGCAGAGGCAGAGCUGCGCAGGCUGCAGGAGCAUCAUGAAACUGAGACUGAAUCUGUAAAGCGUGGUGUAGAGCGAGCUAUCCUGGGAGCACGCAGAGAAGAGCAGCGCCUGCUGGAGAGGGUGGAGCAGGACCAUCGGGACACUCAGCAGCGUCUAGACCAGAUCCAGCGGGAGAACGUGGCAGCAGCCCGGGUCAGCCAGUCCCUGUUGGACCAGCGGCUUUGUAAACUGGCAGAACUGAAAAAGCAGAUUCAGGAAUUGGGUCAAUCAGUUGUAAAGGACAGUGGGCCAAGCCAGAACCCACUGCUGAAGGAGAUUUCAGAGUUCCUACAACCUUGGGAAAUCUCAGUUUCUCUAAAGAAAGUGAACUUCAAACCAAGCUCACAACCGAAUGCUGUCAACUUUGGAGAUAUUCGUGUUCAAGAACAAAGCCUUUGCCUGCAUGCUGGAGGUUGUGGGCCACAAGGACAGCCAUGUGCUCUUCAUUCACAAGAGAUGCUCUGUGAAGACACAAACUAUCAAGGUUCUGGAAAAGAGAAGAGCACCCAAGGACAGGGAUUUAUUUCACCAACCGGCAGGGUUGUUAGAAAGAUCAGCCUUUCUAACCGGGGUGACCUAGAAUCAGAGGAGGAAAAAAAGCACUCUUCUGCAAAGAUAUGUCACUGCGAACAGGCUGACUGGGAAUCAUCUCAGGAAGAUGAGGUAGAAUCAGUUUCCUUCCAGCCACAAGGUGAGGACGUAUUUUUGGCUGUACCUACAGUUCUUAAAAAAUUGGACAUGGAAGACGAGGACAAGAUAAACAAGAAUGGGAAACCUUACUCACCAAGGAACAAGAGGAAAUGGCUAACUGUGGCCUCCAGCAGGAAGCCAAACCUUUUACCUGAACAAAAACAGCAGCAUAUAAAGCUUAGUCAGUGCUUAAGUUUAGACGGUCAAAAUGGAGAUAAGGGAAGAGUAGGUCAAGAUUCCAAUUAUAGACUUUUAAGAUACUGCAACAGUUCCCUAACAUCUCAAAGAGAACCUUCAGCCAGCCAAAGCUGCCUAGACCUCACAUCCAGGGGUCGACCCCCCUCUUGCCUCAGCCAGUCUUCUGAUGAACACUCUCUAGGGACGCUCGGUGACUCUGGCCGAGCACCAUCCCCAACAGACAGCCUUGAUUCUAGCUAUACUUUCAUUGUUAGCCCAUCUCAUGACUACAGUAUGAACAGAGGCUCUUUGAAUUACAGUUGCCGCUUAUCAAAGUCUGCAGUGGACUUGACUCACAAGACGCGCCCAUUGAUUACUAGUGGGCCAAUUGAGCAAGGAGUGUGGGGGAUUAGGGGCAGCAACUUCAAGACGAGCUUCACCUCAACCUCGCCGACUCUCAGAAGGAAAUUGAAAGCCUCUGACAUGGGGCAUACUUUCUCGUCGCCUUCCUAUAGAGGUCAAAAUAUUUUAUACCAGCCACAGAAACAGGCUACAGCUGCUGGAUCAACACAACCUCCUGUGGCUAGGUCUUUAUCCCUGUCUGUUAUAGAUGGUUCCUGUACAACAGAACUCGAGGCAAAAAAGUGGGGCAGAGGACAAAGAAGGCAGCAAGCACUGGUGGAGUUAGAGGAGGAGUGUGACUUGUCUUCCACAGAAUUUAAACCCAAAGGUGUCCAUCUCAUUGGACAAUUUGGAAAGCAAGGUUCAGGUCGAGCUGAUCUUACCCUGCCAAGUGGUAUCCAUGCCACACCACAGGGUCAGCUCUUUAUAGUGGACUGUGGAAAUGCACGAAUUCAGGUGACUGACGCUCGUGGAAAUGUCCUCCAACAAGUGACCUCUCCAACUGCUGGUGGCUCUGACAGACGGUGUAGGAACUACUUUGACAUUGCAGUCAAUGCUAAGGGUCUGAUUGCAGUAAGCUGUGCAGCAGAAAGAGCUCUUCUUGUGUUCAGCAGGCACGGCCGACUGCUCCAGACCUUUGGAGGGUCUGGGUUCGGCUCUGCAAAAGAUGAACUGGAAGCUCCCAGGGGUGUGACUGUAACCAGGCUCGAUGAAUUCCUGGUAGCUGAUAUUCGAAAAGGUACCCUCAUUGCCCUAAAGCUUGACCCUAAGACAGGCUCCCGUCUUGAACGCACAGUGGUAACUGGAUUCCACCGACCCUACUUAGUGGCAGCUUGCUUAAGCUCAGGCAUGGUGGCUGUAUCCGAGAGGGGCAAUGAAACUGGUCGUGUACCUUGUGUCAAAGUUCUGGAGCCAGGCUGGAACACAGUUAGAGUUUUGGGUGUAUGUGCAGGAAUGGGACCUGUCCUGACCUGUCCCUGGGGUAUCUGUAUAGAUACAGAUGGUAAUGUUUUGGUAGCAGAUUGGGGGGAGCAGCACAGAAUCCUUUUAUACCCAGCACAGGGAGUAGGUUGGCCCAUAAUAAACCAGGGUUUGAGUAGUCCACGUGGCCUAUCCUUGCUACCUGAUGGCCAACUUGCAGUGUCAGAUAGCAUGCAUCAUUGCAUCAAGAUAUACCAGUACAAAGCAUCCCAGGACUAGGAAAAGUGUGCUGAUAUUAAGAAAAAAAAAACCUAAAGUACAGCACUGAUAAAUGAUGCAUUAGUAUUCGGCCCAGCUGCACCUAUAAGAGUCACAUGUCUGCCUGGAUUUGUAGGCCAAAGGCUACAUUCAUGAUAAAAGCAAGGACUAUGAAGCUAAGCUACAAAGAGAAAGGAAAGAAAAGCUGGUGUUGCACUAGGCAGUGAGUGUUCCUCAUGUCAUUUUUAGCUUGUUGUUGUUUAGCUGCUUUGAAGUGUUCAGGGUCAAGUAGAAUUGCUGUUUGUUUGCUGUCUGUUGUUUGUAGAUUAGAGUUUAGUCACAGUCUGCACAAUGUCUGUGUUGAUCUGUGUGCUGCUCAGUUUUCUACCAAAGCUGAUAAGCACAGGCUAGUAUUUACUCAUGCAUAAAUUUAAUAAAGCUAUCCAAUCCUGCACAAAUAUGAAUGGACUCGCAUUCAUUAACAUAAUAUUAUUGCAAUUUUUAAAAAGUAGAGAGUUUGUACUUUCUCCAAUGUGGCAUUUUUAUUUUCAAGUGAUACAAAGAGCAGUUUCAAAUACAUCUCGUCACAAUUGGAUUCGGUGAUUCCUGCAAAUUCUACAAUUUUUUAUGCUGUCACUGAUUUUUACUGACAAAGAGUUAAGCUCUGUGGCUCUUUUUCAGUCCACCCACUCCCUUCUUGCACAGCAGCAUCUGUCAGCAGUGGAACCCGACUGUCAGCCAAGUUUUCUUUUGUGAGAUGUGGCUGUUUGUAGCAGAUGUUUCAUUCGGCAGACGACUGUCCGUUUGGGAUAGGGUGAAAGCGUGAAAUUAUUAAGAACAUUUGCAUUUGCUUUUUAGAGCUGAGAGAUUUUCUUUUGCAGCAUCCUGUGGACAUAUGUAUGACAUAUAAAGGUUAGGCAUAACAUUAUGACUUCGGACUUGUUUGUCCAGCACAUCACACAGAUGGGAAGUUUGGAUUGAGAUCUGGGGAAUUUAGAGGCCAAGUCAACACCUUAAACCAACUGUUGUGCUUCUUAAACAGUUCCUGAAACAUUUUGGGGGGUUACAUAGUCUGCAACAUUGACACAUACCACCCACCUAAGCAAAGUAACAUCCACAUGGAUGGGAGCACCCAAGGUUUCCCAGCAGAACAUUGCCCAAAGCAUCACACUGCUUCUGUCAGCUCGCCUUCUUCCCAUAGCACCUGCUGGUGCCAGGUGUUCCCCUGAUAAGUGACACACAGGCAUCCGGUCAUCCACGUGAUAUAAAAGAAAACAUGAUUCAUCAGAUCAGGCCACCAUCUUCCAUUGCUCUGUGUUCAAGUUCUGCUCACAUGCCCAUUGUGUUAUUUUCAGUAGUGGACAUGGAUCAGCGUGGCCAUCCUGACUGGUCUGCGGCUAUGCACUGCCACACACAACAAACUGCAAUGCUCUGUGAAUUCUGACACCUUUCUAUCAGAACCAGAAUUCACGUUUUCGGCAAUUUGAGCUACAGUAACUUGUCUUUGGGUUCAGACCACAUGGGCCAGCCUUCCCUCCUCACACGUGACCCUUUCACUGAUUCACCAUUUCCUUUCCUGGACCAUUUUUGACAUAUACUUACCACUGCAGACCAGGAACACUCCGAAGAGCUCAGUUGUCUAGCCAUCACAGUUUGGCCCUGAUCAAUCGAAGACCCAUAUCAAUUGAAACUGAUAGCUUUAACCUAAAUAUUGUCCAAAGGCUGAGCUUGCUGGAUAGAUGUAUCUGCAAAGAAGGCAAUCUUCUGCCAUUUAGAACCUUACAAGUUAAAGGAAAGGAAAAUGGGUGGAGAAAUAGUGUGAAUCAUUGCACCAAAACUUAAAAAUUCUAAACUAAGUUCUGUAAAAAUUGUGUCUCAAACAGCAUUUAUUUAAAAAUGUCAAACAAAAGCCGCUUAGCUUUAAGAUUUAAGUUUCUUUUUUCUACCCCCUGAUGGCAGCAAUAUGACAUUCUGCUGGUUUUAACACUACUGGGAUGUAUAUACGUCCUUAAUUCAACACUAAGGCUAAUACCAUUUUCACCAUCACUGUUCUUAUUUCAGUGCAUGUUUACAUCAUUUUUACAUUUGUUCUUAAUAAUUGUUAAUAAAUCAACACUCGUUUUAUUGUUGAGUUGCUGCUUUUACUGAAGUUACCUGGAAUUUUUUUCUUCCUCUUGAACAUGUCUAAAAUGUUCCAAGCCUUUCUGUCAUGGGAACAGAGAGGUUGGAGAACAUGGCAUGACCAAAUUACUGCAACUCUGUGCACUAGACCUGCAAUCUGCCUUUGAAGUGGUUUCUUUGAAGAGGGGGACCAGAGCUGCCGUCUUCACAAUGACUUUGUUGUGCUGAUAAAAUGGCAAUAAGCCUGAGUCGGCCUGCUCAGUCCUAUUGCCUCAGAGUUUGUGAUUGAAUGGGCCUAUGAACUAAAUAAGUAAAAGUGCUGUUUGUUGCUGUCUACAUGCAUAACUAGUUCGAUUCAGACUCCAGCUAGAGGCUCCACAAAUACUGAUGUACUUGCUGCCUUAUGGCAAAAUAACAUAGAUGCUCAGGAACCUCGAGAGCAUCUUGAGACACGUGUAGACGAGUUGCAUGGAUCAGCACAGACGGCCUGAGAUUGAUGGUAAUAUGUUGUCUGCUUUAAUCAACUGGACUGCUAUAUUUGGAAAACUUGGUCAACUUGUAUACUCUUUGCAAGUCAGACUGGUGCAGUCACCAUGUGAUUGAAAGCAGUUGCCCAGAGGUUGAGAGUUUUGAACACUAAACCUCUGAGCAACCAGAACUUGGAGGAAGCAAUGGACAGAAAAUAAUUUCACUGCAAUCACUGAUUUUUUUUCCUUUCCUAAUCACAAGGUUUUAAAUCCUGUUUUUCUCUCUAGUGUGUCUGAGCAUUUAGAUUAAGCCAUGAAAUGUCAAGACAGAUUUAAUACAUUAAAAGGUACAAAAAGGUUUCAUCUGUCAUCUUUUUUUUUAACUUCAUGUCUUUGGAUCUCUCUAGUUUUGAUGAUUUUCCAUGUUAAUGAUAAUAAAAUGUAAGAAGGAAAAGUUGUGUGAUCUUCAUUGGGCUUCAGUCGUCUAUUGAGUCCUGCUAAUAUCUUGUGUUACCUUAAGGUUGUCUACAAUAUUAAAAGUUGACAUAAAUACAGUGUUUGGUUCACAAUAGCGUAAACUAGAUCUUCCACACCAUGAAUAAAUAUGGGGUUUGUGUCUUUUUGUGAAUUUAAAAACCAAUAUAGACUGUGGAUUUUUACACGAAGAGCUCAGUAAAAUUCAGCUGUAAACCCACAACAAUUAUGAUUUUAUUUGUGGUGAAAAUUAAUAGAAUGAACUUGCACACAGAAAGAAGUGAAGGAGGAUCCUCUCGCGUCUAACGCCCACUUAUUUGUAUCCGUUGCCAAGUGAAGAAUAACAUGAGGGCUCUGUUUGCAUUUUAAGUCAAUUUCCUGCACAUCUGAGAUACUCAUGCAAACCUCUCCACAGAUCAAACUCCCCCUCACUCCUCCCCAGCUGUUUAUCAGUACUCGUCUCUCAAUGCGGGCUUCACAUCUCGAAAAUGUCAUGAUUGCUUCGCAGAGAAUGACACAUGCUCUCUGCACACAUUCUGGACAUUUCGUACGGAGUGAAAAUUACUUUCAGGGUCUGUUAGCCAGCCAGCGGUGCAGUGUGGUCAUCGUGUCAUACAAGGGGAAAAAAUGGCACAAUGAUGUCAAGCAUUUGUUGAAAGGUUGAUUCCACAGUAAUUGCUCAUACACAGUAAAUGUAGGGUAUGUAGUUCUUUCAGAAGCUCAGUGUCAAAUGAAGUUUGUAUUUGUGUGACACCAUCCUCCAGCACCGGUUUUCAUGUCCUGUUAGACUGCUUCUUUCUUACAGCCACUAAGUAACCUCUGUGUUUCCUGAAUUUUGGUCCUUUACCCACCUCAUCAAAGAAAAGAGCAUUUCGGUUUCUAAAUGGUAAAUACAACACUUUUGUCAAGCUCCACAAAUUAAAGCUGACACUUGAACUCCACUGUGAUAGCGUAGAGACGCAAAAUUACUCUACAUCUCUCAAAGAUAGCAGCCAAAUCCAACAUUCAAAAUAAAUACACAUUUGCAUGGAAGUCAGGGCCUUUACCUGCCACUAGAUGUUACUAAAGGGACUUGGUUGAUUAAUGGGGCAACUUUAAAGACAUGCCAUGGAUUUUAUCUGCAGACGUACCAUUUCCUCUCCUCUCUGUUAACUGCAACGCGAGCUCUUCAGAACGAAUCUUCCUGUUUCCGUCUCUGUAGCUCCACCUGUUUCCCACGAGCUGUUUCCUAGCCAAUCAACUAUCCUGUUCAUCCAUUGUUCUUCACUCAGCGAGCUUCCUUGUUUCCUAGCCAGCUGGCUAUCCUGUCAUCCAGCUUUCCUGUUCCUCAUUUGAUGCACCCCAUUUCCCAGUUCACUUGCCCCAGAAUUUUGUCAGUUACAUUUUUUUUACAAUGCGUCAAUGAAACUCCAUGACCUGCCA